AUGGUGCAAGUGGCGGCGCCGGUGUUCGACGAAAUCUCGUACCUUGUUGACGGCAUCCAGGAGGCUGCAAGAAACGUCAACGGCUUUUCGGAGGAGUCAGCCAUAUUGGCUUCGCGAUGCAAGAAGCUCAGCGCAUUCGUUUUAAGGUUGAAGUCGACUCCAUCCGGGAAUAACUUCACAGGUUACCUCGAAAAGUUGGCGGAGGCUUUCGAAGCGGCGGAAGCCUUUCUCUGUGACCAAGAAUUUCAAACCAUCUAUCAUCAGAACACAGUCUCCAAGGUCAAGAACUUCAAGCGGAGCUUUGAUGCCAUUCACAACGGGAUCACUCGGGCUGCGAAUAGUCUUGUCUUGGCUGUCAACACAGAGCUCCCUCUGCAUGAAGGAGAUGAUCCCGCAGACCCUGACAUUGACAAGUCUGACCGUACCAAACUGUUUCCACCGUCCAUCGAGGAAACUGCCCCCAGUAAAGACUCGAUUCGGAUGAUUCCAUUUUUCAUGUUGCACUUCGAGGAUCCAGCAGAUCCUUCAGCCUUUGUAGACCUGGACUUUUCAAAGGUUCCACCUGCGGAAAAUCCGUUCUGGAUGGAGUCUUCUGCGUCGUGUACUGCUAGUAGCGCCAGCCGCAAAGAUCGAAAGGCCUACUAUGAACGGCUCAUUGCUGUGCGAGCAAUCGACCAAGCUGCCCGAGUGACAGAAAUCCGUGUUGUUCUGGCCAAUCUUGACCCAGGUGAUACCACUUUUCCGGUCCACGCAGCAAAAACGGUGCUUACAGUUUCUGGGGUUGUCACCGGUGGUAUUGUCGGAGCCAUUAAUGGUCUGGUGUCGAUGGUGAAGACUGGCAGUGUAUCCAAGGGCUUUGACAGCGCCAAACAAACCGCUACGAGUGCUGUUUCCGUUUGUCGAAACAGCUUCCUUCACUGGCUGAUGGAAAUCGAUCUCCAGGAUGGAAGUACCUGCACUCUAGAACGCUGCGCCGACGAUGUUUACUUGUACGAAGGCAAGAGCUCUCGACAGAACCAGCACUGCGUCUUCAAAAUACCAGUCAACAACAGUUUUGCAGAAUACUCAAUGCGACAGCUGAUUAGGUUCCGCAACAAGCAGCGGAAGGUGCCUUACAACUUGCAUGGAAACAACUGCGUUCACUUUGUGUUCAACUUUGUGGACUGCGUUGCGCCGGGAAUUGUCAAGCUUCAGCAGGAAGGGGGGUUGGAGCAGUCGCAAAGGUGGCUAGAGCCACGACGACGGAAUCAAUUUCGUCUAUGGGCUCAACAUCUUUACCUCUGCAGCCGAACAGAAACUCUUGGCCGUGGUUCCAACGUUCCAUUUCUUGGAUUCAUUUCCCCCGAGACACUGUGA